GAGGUGCGCGCUGCGCGUGGGAUCAGCCUGGCGCGGGCCGGUGGCUCCCGGGAGUGAGUUCCCUCCUCGCCCCCGCCCCCUCGCCGCGCGGGGCCAGCCCGGCCGCUCCUCCCCUGGGUGGGUCCCGGCUCCUUUUCUGGCAGGGUCUAUUUGCAUAGAGGAAACUGCCCAAAGUGGCCGCUGCGGAGGAGGUGGCGGCGGGGAAGGGGGCGUGCGCUGCAAUACGCGGCUACCCGCAGGCGAAGCCCCGCGCCCGGCGGACCUCGCGCCUCGGGCUGUCUCGCCUGUUCCUCGCGCGCUCAGCCGCAGCCCCAGCUCGGCAUCGUCCCUUCGGGGAGCCCACGCGCGACGAACGCGCCAUGGGCCCAGGCGAGAGCGCCGGUGGCGGCGGCGACGCGGGGAAGGGCAACGCGGCGGGCGGCGGCGGCGGCGGCGGCGGCGGCGGCGGGGGCCGCCCGGCGACGACGGCCGGGUCGCGGGCGGUGAGCGCGCUGUGCCUGCUGCUCUCCAUGGGCUCGGCGGCCGCCUGCCUGCUGCUGGGCGUCCAGGCGGCCGCGCUGCAGGGCCGGGUGGCGGCGCUCGAGGAGGAGCGGGAGCUUCUGCGGCGCGCGGGGCCGCCCGACCCUGGGGCCGCCCGGGCCGAGCCGCACCUGGAGCGUCUGCUGCGAGAGAAGUUGGACGGACUGGUGAGGCUCCGAACUGCUCGAGAAGCCCCAUCUGAAUGUGUCUGCCCCCCAGGGCCCCCUGGACGGCGUGGCAAGCCUGGGAGAAGAGGCGACCCUGGUUUUCCAGGGCAAUCAGGACGAGAUGGCUACCCGGGACCCCUGGGUCUGGAUGGCAAGCCCGGACUUCCCGGCCCGAAAGGGGAAAAGGGUGCACCAGGAGACUUCGGCCCCCGGGGAGACCGAGGACAAGAUGGAGCUGCUGGGCCCCCAGGGCCCCCCGGACCUCCUGGGGCCCGGGGCCCUCCUGGUGACACUGGGAAAGAUGGCCCCAGGGGAGCACAAGGCCCAGCGGGCCCCAAAGGAGAGCCGGGACAAGAUGGCGAGAUGGGCCAGAAGGGAUCCCCAGGGCCCAAGGGUGAGCCUGGAGCACCUGGAAAGAAGGGUGAUGACGGGACACCAAGCCAGCCUGGACCACGAGGACUCCCCGGACCACCAGGGCCCAAGGGUGAGCCAGGGAGCAUGGGGCCUCAGGGAGAGAAUGGCGUGGACGGUGCCCCAGGACCAAAGGGGGAGCCUGGCCACCGAGGUGCGGACGGAGCUGCAGGGCCCCGGGGCGCCCCAGGCCUCAAGGGAGAGCAGGGAGACACAGUGGUGAUCGACUAUGAUGGCAGAAUCUUGGAUGCCCUCAAGGGGCCUCCCGGGCCACAGGGGCCCCCAGGGCCACCAGGGAUCCCUGGAGCCAAGGGCGAGCUUGGAUUGCCUGGUGCCCCAGGAAUCGAUGGAGAGAAGGGUCCCAAAGGACAGAAAGGAGACCCAGGAGAGCCAGGGCCAACUGGACUCAAAGGGAAAGCAGGCGAGAUGGGCUUGUCUGGCCUCCCGGGUGCCGACGGCCUCAAGGGGGAGAAAGGGGAGUCAGCGUCUGACAGCCUACAGGAGAGCCUGGCGCAGCUCAUAGUGGAGCCGGGGCCCCCUGGCCCCCCUGGCCCCCCAGGCCCCAUGGGUCUCCAGGGAAUCCAGGGUCCCAAGGGCUCGGAUGGAGCAAAGGGAGAGAAGGGCGCGUCGGGUGAGAGAGGCCCCAGCGGCCUGCCUGGGCCAGUCGGCCCACCGGGCCUUAUUGGGCUGCCAGGAACCAAAGGAGAGAAGGGCAGACCCGGGGAGCCAGGACUAGAUGGUUUCCCUGGACCUCGAGGAGAGAAAGGUGAUCGGAGUGAACGUGGAGAGAAGGGAGAGCGAGGAGUCCCCGGCCGGAAAGGAGUGAAGGGCCAGAAAGGCGAGCCGGGACCGCCAGGCUUGGACCAGCCGUGUCCUGUGGGCCCGGACGGGCUGCCUGUGCCUGGCUGCUGGCAUAAGUGACCCUCAGGCCCAGCUCACACCUGUACAGAUCCGUGUGGACAUUUUUAAUUUUUGUAAAAACAAAACAGUAAUAUAUUGAUCUUUUCUCGUGGAACGCACUACCUGUGGCAUGUUAACAUUAGAGACUAUGCUCCGCCAGCCCCGGAGCCUUCGGCCUGUGAAGUUGCAGGGAAGUGGACAGUGCAGACCAGGGAGAUGUGUACCUGAGGGGCUCCCGCGGGCCUGGGCGUUCCCGGGAAGGAGAUAAAGGCAGAAGCACCUGGCCAGGGCGAGGCUGGAAAGAUGCUAGGCUGGGCCUUCACGGAGAGACUCUCAGCUGUGGUACUGCCCUGCAAGAACCUGCCCCCCAAAACCCUGGAUUCCCCAGGACACCCCCUAUCCAAGAAGGCCCAGGGCUGGGAUCACGGCUGCUGCUGCUGCCACCAGCCUUACCAGUGUCCAAACUCAGCCACAACCAGCUGCCUCUACAGUUGGACAAGACUUGGCCCCUGGACAAGACUCACCUGGAACUUGCAGCUGAACCCACAGAGCAGUGAGUGGAAAUCCCCCAAGAGGGUCUAGCUGCCACCACAUUUGGUAGGCUCCAGGAGGCCGGCCUGCCGUGAGAAUACAUGUCCUCUGGCCAGAAGUAGUGGCCAAGCUCUGUGAUAGCUGUGAUGUGGACCCGGCUCCAGGGAGCUAGCUGAGUGCCGGGGAUGGAGGGGCCCAGGCGGGACUGAUUGCUACUUCCUGUCUCUGUUUUCAUAUCACCCAGAGAGGGACAAGAUGGGACAUGGCAGUCCUCCCACUCAGAGUCUGAGUCUCACUGAUCCCCAGUCUCCUACCCAGAACUGUGGCCAAAAAUGACUCUACGUGGGCUGUGCAGGCAAAGCAAACCUCAGGGCUGGUUUCCAGCUGGCCUGAGCAGGGGGCCUGCCACCAGACCCACCCACGCUCUGACAAGAAGCUUUUUCCCUUCCAGCAAGUGUUCCCAGCAACCAGCUCCAUCCUGGCUGCUCGCCUUCCAUUUCCAUGUAGAUGGAGAUCACUGUGUGUAAUAAACCACAAGUGUGUGUCUG